GCGGCCAGUGACCAACAUGCUGCGUCGGCCCGGAGAGGUGCUCUCGCCACUGUGCGGUCCCGGCGCGCUGUCGGUGUGGCGGGCCAUAUUCCUGGGUCAGCUGCUGUCGGUGCUCAACAUGUGCACGGGCGUCACCAGCCAGCUGCUGACCGAGCAGUACGGCAUCAGCAUACCGACAGCCCAGACGUUCGCCAACUACGCGCUGCUCUGCCUGCUCUUCACCACCUGGCUGGCCUGCCGCACCGGCGACGACGGCAUCGUCGCCGUGCUCAGGAAGCGCGGCUGGAAGUACGUGAUCCUGGCCGCCUUCGACGUGGAGGCCAACUACCUGGUCGUCAAGGCGUACAACUACACCACCCUCACCAGCAUCACGCUGCUCGACUGCUUCGCCAUCCCGACGGUGCUGGCCAUGUCGUGGAUCUUCCUGAAGGUGCGGUACAAGCUGCUGCACAUCAUCGGCGUCAGCAUCUGCCUGGUGGGCGUCGGCUGCCUAGUGUGGGCGGACAUUGAGGAGGGCCGGGGCUCCGUCGGAGGCCAGGACCGUCUGGUGGGCGACAUGCUCUGCCUGGGCGGCGCCACGCUCUACGGCAUCUCCAACGUCGGGCAGGAGUUCGUCGUCAAGAACUUCAGCGUCGUCGAGUUCCUGGGCAUGAUCGGCCUGUUCGGCAGCAUCAUCAACGGCGUCCAGCUGGCGGUGAUGGAGCGGGACGAGGUGCUGGGCCUGGACUGGACCGACUGGCGAGUGGCGGCGCUGCUGGCCGGCUUCUCGCUGGCCCAGUUCAGCUUCUACGCCAUGAUGCCGGUGGUGGUGCGGGUGACCAGCGCCACCAGCGUCAACCUCUCACUGCUCACCUCAGACUUCUUCUCACUGAUCGCCGGCAUCCUGCUCUUCCAUUUCAAGUUUCACGUGCUGUAUUUCCUGUCAUUCUUCCUCGUCAUAUGCGGCAUCAUCGUCUACUCGUCCAAGCCGACUCCGAUCCCGACGCGGGGCCGGCCAUACAGGGAGAUGUCGCAAGGCUCUGGCAGUGCCGACGUCGAGCUCAACACGCCCAACACGUCCGUCAACGAGUUCCCGCGCUCCGUCUCCGACGUCUCCAGCGUUCCCUCCUACGGUACGGGCACGCUGGUGCGGGACGUACACAGCCUACCGCGCUCGCGCUCCAUCCCCGACCGGCCGUACAGCACGCUGGGCCGGCCGGCGCGGCGCGAGGCGACCGCCGACCGGCCGUACCGCACGCUGGAGCGCUCGCACGGCGGCGCGCGCGUGCACUGGGCGGCCGAGUACUCGCCCAACUACCCGAUGGAGGCGAGCGUGGACCGCACGCUGGAGCAGUUCACGACGUUCAGCGCGCACCCGCACCCAGUGCCGCAGUACCGGCCCGAGGGCAUCCUCAAGACGUCCAAGUCGAUGGAGACGCAGCUGCGCCGGCCGUCGCGCCACUCCGUGCACGUCAACCCAGCCGGCAGUCCGGUGGCCGUGUUUGAUUUUAUUCACACUAUGAACUACAAAAAAUUGCAAUGA